CACUUUUUCAUGUAGGGCCCGCUGCCGGCGCUUCAAAUGCGUCCUUUUUUGGUUGAAGAUCGGCCAUAGUGGACGCGGAGAAUGCAGAGAUGCCGUGGCUCCACAGCUUUCAGUCUGUUGUGGAGCUGGGUUUCUUUCCAACGAUGGACCGGUUGACUGCAGCGUCUCCAGAGACGAUUUUCCAACGGACAUUGAUUUGUUGGAGUAUGAUUGCUGUCUCCGCUGCUGUUGCCCUUUUGAUGGUUGGCAUCAGGAGUUGGCUUCGUGGGCCAGUUGCUGCUGACUAUGAUGAUUCCGAAUUCUACACGAAGGAUGUCAUGUUCGUGGCUUACCACGUGACUGUGGUUUACGCAGUGCUUGGAAUUGGAGUUUUUGCAGGUUUGACCGGGAGGGUUCAUUUACAAAGCGGAAUGCCCUUCGAUUUCUACUUGCUCGCUGUCUUCGAAGCACUUUCCUGCACGGUGGUGAAUGCUUUUUGGGCAAAUGUUCAAUGCAUCCAUGUAAUCGAAGCACUCCUACCUCUUGGUGAGAGGUUUGACCUCCUUCGCGACGCUACGACGGUGGCAGCGUUUCUGUGCGCUGACACAGUGGUCUCUUGCUGCGGGGCCUUUCUAAUUGUGGCUUCGACGGUGCUGGCGAAUCUCAUCGUAUAUUCUCGCCGCGAUGAUUUGCGGCAGCUGCGCCGAGAGUUUUGGAAGCAGGCGCUGCCACUAAAUUUCCAAACUCCGAAAGCGCCAGCUGCAGGAGCCGAGGCGUACGCAUAUAGCCUUCUUGCCACCUGCAGCUCCUACACCUUGGCAGAAACAUCAGACAAUGAUGGUCCUGCUGCUGAAAAUAGCUGUUGUCAGUGGCUGGAGUCGCAACUCCGCCAUUAUUCUGACAAGGCCCUCAGUGAGUGCCUCUGCAUAGCAGGCAACGCCACGUCAAAUGCGCGACAAGUUUCCAUGAUCUACGAGCAGAUACCACAGGCCUUCAUCAGCACGGCAGUUCUUCUGACCAUGGAAGAGUUUUCUCCAAUAAUUCUACUAUGUGCCCUUCUGGCUUGGUUUCAAAUUAUUUUGAUGUAUUCGCUGCGUCCCUGCAUUCUUUGCCUCCAAGCUAGAAACGGUAUGCAGUGGUCAAAUGUUUCUGGAAAUGAUAUGUUUCAGGCGAGGAGAAGUCUGUUCUGGAGGUCGGAGCCUGGCCGGGCGGCGCUGAAACAUAUCCUGCUUCACAAAGGCCUUGACCACAAGGAGCGCAAGGUCGCUGCCCAAGAGCUUGGCCAGGAAAUCAGGGUCGAGGUAGGAACGCUACCGUCAAAGAGCACGAGUAGACCUGUAUUCCACAGCAACACGCUCUACAAGGAGCAAGCGGCAAUAUUUAAGAGACUCCUCGAGCAGGAUGAAGAAGAACUCCUUAGGACGUUUUCUGAAGAGGCAGAUGUCUUUAUCGACGACGAUGACCAUCACAAUAUGGAGAAAGGGAUUGUCCAGUCAAAGAAAUGGAGCAUGGUGGCCAUACUUCUCAAUCACGUUGGUGGAGCAAAUGUGAACUAUUGUGGCCUCACAGAGAAGAUUUUUGUGGAGGAACUCUUUCCCAAACUCAAAAAGGAACUCGGUUUGACAUAUUUGAACCUCAAUGACAACCGGGGCCUCUGCGAGACGCAGGAUGGAGUGAGUAAAUUGACGACCUUUAUGAAACAGUGUCCACGGUUGAAGACCUUGAAGUUGAAACGCAGCAUUGCAAAUGAAGACUCCAAAAAAAAGUUGCUACAGGAGUGGGCAAAACAUCGCCGUGUCGAUAUUGCAGGAUUGGAACUUGAAGAUACGAAACCGACUCAAAGGACCAAGAAGUCAGAGGACACAGGCAAAUCGUUUGGGGACAAGGCUAAAUCAUGGUCUUCUAUGCCAUCUGAGAGCCAAGGGGAUGCUUGAUAGGCGCUGUCUACAUAAGUGACUUUAAAAACGAUUGCAUGUCCAUCGUUUUAAAGUCGUGCGGGUCGCUAGCAAAGCUGCGACAAGUACUGACGACCUUGGAGGCGAAGGAAAA